AUGUAUCUCGACACAUAUAAAGUGCCUGUACGAAGCUUUUUAUUUCAAACACUGUUAGACAAGGAUCUUCAGGUUUCAUCUCCAUUGCUGAUUCUUCAUGAAGCGGGUGAUAAGCUGACAGAUCCUUCAGUGACAUUUAUUGCAGCGUUCACCUCUGAAUUUGAGAGCCAUUUGGAGAAAGUCGUUAACCUUUUCUAUGCCGAGUCAUUGGUAAUUGUUACUUUUGGAGGUGGAAGAUUUAUUCAGAUGCCUGUGAAGAGGGCGCUGGAACUGAUGAGGGGAUCCUCCGGUGAUACUGAUGCUGGAUCUAAGCAACUUUACAAUGGAGCAGCGGUGGCACAAGGCCCCACCAAGCACGUCUCUUUCCAGUUACCUCCUAACGGGAAACAUGAUUCAUCUGAAAUUCCGGAAAGAGCUCGAGCCACCAUUGCUUCUGCGGAGCGCGCAUCUGCCGCUGCACGUGCAGCGGCUGAGCUGUCGAAAAUCCGGCACGGGAUGCAGAAGAAUUGCUUUAGCCUCACGUUUUUUUCUGUCUCUCUGUCGGUACCAACCAAACCAUGUAGGAGAGAGCUGGAAAACAACUCCCUAGACCUCAACAACUUGCCUGAGGAUUGCACUAGAGAUGGUAAUACGCAAGUGUUGGAGGGCAGUAGCUCCUUAUCAGGGUGCAGGAAAAAGAAGAGCGACGCAAAAGAAGAGUGCGGGAAGGUCUACGAGUGUAGGUUCUGUUCCCUCAAGUUCUGCAAGUCUCAAGCUCUUGGCGGGCACAUGAAUCGCCACCGUCAAGAACGAGAGACUGAGACACUGAACAAGGCUCGUCAGCUCGUCUUCGGUAACGAUACCCUAGCCGCUCAUCCCGCCCUUCCUCAUCAUCAUCUAGGUAGCUGCCAAUCAAUACCGGGAGGCUAUCACACGGCAACCAAUGUGGCAGAUCCGCCGCUUCCAUUCAGAUCAUCGAUGUACCAGCCGCCACCGCCGGCGCGAUUCUUUUCGGCCUCCUCCUCAUCUUCCAUUGUCCAGCCACUGCCACCUUACCUAUACCCAUCGCCACCCCGCCUCGCGGCCUACCCUUCGCAUUACAAUGGCAACCAGCACCCAGCCGCCGCGGGCGAUAACUACUCAAUGGGCCACAUGUUCAGCAGGAGCUCAAGCUCGCACUUGGGCACACCGGAGUCGAACUACACCUGCAUCGGGGCACCGGUCGGAGAAGGGUUCAACGCACCCGAGGGAGGAGGCAGGGACAGGUUGCCGCAGGGUCAGAAGGAAGGAUUGAAUUGGGUGUCGAGAUUGGAUCCUCCCUCGAUCAAUCGGUUUCAAGAUGGGUUCUAAAAAUUUGAUCUCCUUGGACGUUUGUUUGGAGUAUUGAACCAAGUUCUUGAAAAGCCACCCUUAGAGACAGAAAGAGGGACAUGACAAAAACUGACUACAGAGAGGGGGGUUCAUUUCAUGCAAGGGAAGAGGAGAGAGAGAGGGAGAGAAGUUUUGGUUUGUUUGGGGGACAGAGGGAGGGGUUGAAUGGUACAGCUUUUGGAAUCAGGUAACACUCUCUCAUCAGCUAGUUUGUCCGGAGAGAGUGAGUCUGUGUGUUUGUGUCGUCGUGUAUUGGGUUCACGUAUUCGAUCUAUAAAUCGAUUAUGAGUUGUUUGCUAUAAUGUCUGUAAAAGGAAAAGCUUUGAGCUUUUGAGGGGGUUUUGGUUGGUCGUGCAUGUGGGACAAGGGAAGUUCGAUAUGAACUGGAAGUUCCCAACCCUCCCUUUUCCCCUUUGCAUGCGUUGUAAGUUUGUGAA